AUGUUCGUAUUAGUGGCUUUAGGCUUUGUUUAUACUUGCUCUCUAGACUUUGUUUAUACUUGCUCUCUAGACAUCCAACAUUCUGCUCUCUGGGAAAUCCAAUAUUCUGCUUUUAGCGAAGGUUCCGUAGUGUGUGACCAUGACAAGUCCGCCCACACGCCCGCUACCACGGCUCCCGGGCCGCCCACGUGCUACUUCAGCUCCUGGGCCGCCCACGUGCUACUUCAGCUCCUGGGCCGCCCACGUGCUACUUCAGCUCCUGGGCCGCCCACGUGCUACUUCAGCUCCUGGGCCGCCCACGUGCUACUUCAGCUCCUGGGCCGCCCACGUGCUACUUCAGCUCCUGGGCCGCCCACGUGCUACUUCAGCUCCUGGGCCGCCCACGUGCUACUUCAGCUCCUGGGCCGCCCACGUGCUACUUCAGUUCCUGGGCCGCCCACGUGCUACUUCAGCUGGGCCGCCCACGUGCUACUUCAGCUCCCGGGCCGCCCACGUGCUACCACAGCUCCCGGGCCCGCCUGCACGCCCGCUACCACAGCUCCCGGGCCCGCCUGCACGCCCGCUACCACAGCUCCCGGGCCCGCCUGCACGCCCGCUACCACAGCUCCCGGGCCGCCCACAGAGGAGGAAGAUGUGGAUGACCAGCGGCCAUACUGCCAGGCCUGA